CAGUGGUAUGCAUAUUGCCAGGAAAGCUAUCUGUUAGCGAUCGUAGCGCUAUGCAGCCUUGCGACUUAGCUGCUGCAUUCACAAACUGUAACGACCUUGCAAUGAAUCGAUAGCAAGAUGAGCUGACAACAACCGCUCUGUGUAUCACCUUUAACUGCACUCGACUUAUCUGCUGGAGCUCUUUUUGCAAACAUCCCAUCAGUUUUGUACAAUGUCUGCUGAGAACAGCUCACUGGUAGCAUCCGGUGUCGGGCCAUCUGCCACAGACGCAGAAACUCAUAAGGAAUCCAUUUCUGCUCUCAAGCGCAAAGCAUCUCCUCCGCCAGAAGAUGCCGUUCUCCAGUCACCGAAGCGGACGCGGCCAGACAAUGCGGCAGAGCGACGAGGAUCAGCGGGAUCGCCACCAUCGCGACAGGACCCAACCACAGAGCGCCGGCCGCAAUCAUCCAAGGAAGAGGAGAGGAAACGUGGGAAGCGGUUAUUCGGUGGUUUGCUGAACACCCUAAGUCAAACCACUAUCAGCUCCCAGCAGAAAAAGCGACAGGAGAUUGAGCGACGACAGCAGGCAAAAAUGCAACACCAGCGAGCCGAGGAUGACAAGCAACGCCAAGAGAAGCUUGCCAAGCUCAACGCUGUCCGGAAAGUGGAACAGGUCAAGUUUGAUGAGCAAGUCAUGCAAACACGGCAUUCCCAUAUGCUCGCGACGGCACGCUUCAUACAUACCAAAACCGAGCCCAAGAUAUAUUACCUGCCCUGGGAGCCCACGGCAGACCAAGAAGACAUCGUCAAGGACCAGAUCCGCGACGCAGAAAAGGCGGUUGAAAAAGAAGCCCGUGAGUUCAAGCAACGGAAAGAUGAGUGGAUGAGGGCACUGGGCGUCCUGGUCGUCGAGUCUUCGGAUACACAGAAGCCUGCGCCCGAGCCUGAGGCUGCUCACGAGGAAACAGUGGGUAAAAGUGCCGAAGCUCCUCAAACCUUGACUGAGUCUACUAAUCCUACCUCCCCCGCUGCACACACAACAAAUUCCAACAAGGUUGGUCAAGAAAAGGAGUCGGACGAGACUGGUGACGUUAUGGUCGAGGAAGAGGAGGACACGGUGAUUUACUAACUUGCCUUGUUUCCGGUCGGGCCGCUUCUUCGGCUUCCGUCCUGGUCUGUAGUAUUUAAGCAUGAUCUUGGUGCUUUGGGGACUUUCUUGUCUUGCAGCAUGAGAGAACCGGUGAAGGGAGAUUCGUAUUCAUCCAGGUUUGAUGAUCCACGAUUGGGAAUGGGAAAUUGGAGCCAGUACCGGCUUGUCUUUGUUUUGGAGAAUAGUGGUAUCCAAAUCUCCAUGUCCACAGGCGGUCGAUUCCAGGAAUUUGACCUUGAUAUGUGAAUCUGGUGUUGAAGAGCCGGUUCUGAACAUCUUACGAUAUCUUAUGGAGAAGCUUUAGGCGGUCCACUCUAGCGACCGAGUCAAUGGCCACCCGGGCUCUGCGCAAGCCAGGGUGCGGGCAAAUCCUGCGUGGUAAGAAGACAUAGCCGCUCUUGAAACGUAGGUACUGGAGGUCUGAGACGGGUGAGAUGUCUACU